UUCAUAGCCUGGCGCUUGGCAGGCUCCCUCUCCCUUCCUCUCCUUCCCUAUCUCCGUCUCUUUUCUCCCACGGCUCAUCUGGCCCUCCUUUUCUCCAUCCCCCUUUCCUUUCUGCUCCCCUUUAUUUCUACUCCCCACCCGCGUAGCUUUGCUCUCACUCCCUCUCCCCCUACGGCUUGUCUGUAUUUGGAGCUUCCGGAAGCCGCCAGCGACUCUCCCCUGGAGCAGCGUGACUGACACCGACUCUCUUUUGGGGGAAGGAAGGAGGGCAGGCAGGAGGAGGGUGCGAGUGGCCGAACACGGAUUUGCAUCGCCGAGAACAAAACCCCAAGACAUCCAAGCAGAAUGGCGGAGAUGCAGGGACUGAUGGAAAGACUGGAGCGGGCAGUCGGCCGCCUGGAGUUGCUGUCUGCAGAGUCACACCGACCUCCUGGGGACUGUGGAGAAAUGAACGGUGUCAAUGGAGGUGUGGCACCCUCAGUGGAAGCCUUUGAUAAGCUGAUGAACAGUAUGGUGGCUGAGUUUUUAAAGAAGAGUAGAAUCCUUGCUGGUGACGUGGAGACUCACGCAGAAAUGGUGCAUAGUGCUUUCCAGGCCCAGCGAGCUUUCCUUCUGAUGGCCUCUCAGUACCAACAACCCCAAGAGAAUGACGUGUCUGCACUUCUGAAACCGAUAUCAGAAAAGAUUCAGGAAAUCCAAACUUUCAGAGAAAGGAACCGGGGCAGUGCAAUGUUUAACCAUCUCUCGGCUGUCAGCGAAAGCAUCCCCGCUCUGGGGUGGAUAGCUGUGUCUCCCAAACCUGGUCCUUAUGUCAAGGAAAUGAAUGAUGCUGCCACCUUUUACACUAACAGGGUUUUAAAGGACUACAAGCACAGUGAUUUACGCCAUGUGGAUUGGGUGAAGUCAUAUUUGAACAUUUGGAGUGAGCUUCAAGCAUACAUCAAAGAACACCACACUACAGGUCUCACCUGGAGCAAAACAGGUCCGGUUGCAUCAACUACAUCAGCAUUGUCUGCCCUCUCCCCGGGGCCUGGCCUUCCUCCACCCCCUCCUCCACCUCCUCCAGGGCCACCUCCACUUUUUGAGAAUGAAGGCAGAAAAGAGGAGUCCUCUCCUUCACGCUCAGCUUUAUUUGCACAACUUAACCAGGGGGAAGCGAUUACAAAAGGACUCCGGCAUGUCGCAGAUGACCAGAAGACAUACAAGAAUCCCAGUCUGCGGGCUCAAGGAGGACAAACUCCAUCUCCUACCAAAAGCCACACUCCAGGCCCCAAGUCUCCCCAAUCUCAUUCCCCUCAGAAACAUGCUCCUGUGUUCCAGUUGGAAGGAAAGAAAUGGAGAGUAGAGUAUCAAGAGGACAGGAAUGACCUUGUGAUUUCAGAGACUGAACUGAAACAAGUGGCUUACAUUUUCAAAUGCAACAAGUCUACCCUACAGAUGAAAGGGAAAAUAAAUUCCAUUACAAUUGAUAACUGUACGAAGUUUGGCUUGGUGUUUGACAAUGUGGUGGGCAUUGUGGAUGUGAUCAACUCCAAGGACAUUCAAAUGCAGGUAAUGGGGAGAGUGCCAACAAUUUCCAUUAAUAAGACAGAAGGCUGCCACAUAUAUCUCAGUGAAGAUGCGUUAGACUGUGAGAUAGUGAGUGCCAAGUCAUCUGAAAUGAAUGUUCUUAUCCCUCAGGAUGGUGAUUAUAGAGAAUUUCCUGUUCCUGAACAGUUCAAGACAGCAUGGGAUGGAUCCAAGUUGGUCACUGAACCUGCAGAAAUUAUGGCUUAACCUCCAGAGAGACAGAACCCCUGAUCUGAAUCCCCACAUCAAAAAAAAAAAAAAAAGAAAGAAGAAAGAAAGAAAGGAAGGAAGGAAGGAAGGAAGGAAGGAAGGAAGGAAGGAAGGAAGGAAAGAAGAAGAAAGGAAGGAAGACAAAAAGGCAGCAUUAAAGACCAGAAGUUGUGGUAGCACCUACUACUUCAGUUUUGGCCACCAACAAUUCUGUGCUGUAAGAAACAGCAUCAUUUCUGGCACGCCUUUAUGGGCAUUUUGAAGUAUUUAACAUUUCUUCAUGAUUUGCCUUUCUGUGUGAUUUGAGUUCCACAUGAUGAGCUGUGAGCAUUGCACAUUUAAAAGGAAACAAAAGAAUUCUGUUCCCCUCACAUCAACACAGUAGCUGCUAGGUAAAAAUAUUGCAUGAUUCACUUUUGCACUUACAUUUAAUUGCUAGUUGGGAAAUAAAACCUUUGAGAAUUUAAGAUGUACAUUUUUACCUUUUAGACAAUUUCAAUAUGAUGUAGUAGUCGUAUACUCUGAAAAUUUUACCAUUUUUUUUCUUAUUAUUACCGAAUGUUCACCUUUAUCAGCGUGAAUGCUCUGUCAGAAUUAAUAUAUAUUUCGACCCAUGUUUUUACAAAAUUCCAUACUAAGGACCAUAUUCAGUUUCCUGGUCCUUGGAAGACUUGUUUUAUUUACAGUUACUUAAAACCAGAAGUAAAUUGUAAUGAUUUACUAUAAAUAUUUUUCUACCAUGUCACUUCAAAAACUUUUACUUUUCUGCAUAAAGAAUUUUAUGCCAAAAGAUUGGUGGGAGGAAGCAGAUAUCAUACCUCACAAUUUUGCUGUAAGAUCAAGCUUAAUUUUUGUUUUCCAAUUUUUAACCUGUUAAAUAUCAGAUGCCUUGUAAGUGAUGUCUUUAAUGUUUUAUUACAUGCUACUUUCUUCUUUUUCCCUUGCCAGACAUGUUAACCAGGCUCAAAAAUGAACACACAAAAAAGCCAUAGAUGUAUAACUUCUUCUAAAACCUAAGGAAUUGUUUGUUGGUUUAGUUGUUGCUCCUAUUUUGUAGUAUUGAUAGUACAUGCUUUUUCAACAUAACAGUAACCAUCAUACUCCCUUAUAUAUUUUUAGUACAUAGUGCUGAAAAAGCUGCAACUUCUUGGAUCACGUGUAAUGAAUUAUAGUAUAAUGCUUGCAGACCCAAUACAAGCAUAUAUAUUGUGCCUAUCAUAGCCUUUGGAAUAUAGAUAUCAUUUUCGUUUUUUAGAUAUCUUCUAUAUCCAUAUAAGAUUCAAAUUACUAAAUGCUCAUGUACCAAGGUUUUGCUAUAAAAGUUUUGUCCAUAUGAAUAAUGUUGUGGCUUUAGUAAAUAUCUUUUUUCAGUUGUAAACUUAUUCUGAAAUAAAGUGAAAUUCUAAUUAUCUAAA